GAUUCAGCCAGCAUCUGUCCGCUUGUCUCGGGCCCUUGACCAGUCCUAGUCGCAUGGGGCAGCGUUCCAGUUGGCUCUGAAGCAAAAAUUCCUGAGCAUGGAAGCUGCAACCAGGGCAGCCCAGAGGCGAAAAUGAACAUCAGCUGCUUGGCCCUUUAACUACUAAGCCCCGCCCUCGCGGCCCCGCCCACCUUUUGGCCCCGCCCCCGCCCAGCUCUGGCGGUAGGAGAUCCCCGGGGCUGAGUGACUUUCCUGGCCUGCCGAGCGCUGCUCCUGCUGCUGCCGCUCUUCCACAUGGAGCCCAGGGAGAUCACAAGCAACAGAGAGAAAGCUAAGGAGGGGAGUACUGGACCAGCACUACCUCGGGUCCCAGAUUCAGUGUCAUUUGUUUUACGGUUUUGGAGAAGAUGGCCACAUUUGUAUUUGUGUGGGGAAGUUGGACACAGUUGUAUUUGUUACCUGAUGGGGAGUUUGUGAACAGAAGCAAAAUUUUGUCAAACGCUUGAGAGCCAAAUUGUGAACAAAAGCGUUUGUGAGCUGAGGCGUUGCUCCUAGAAUAACUUGCUGCGGUACUGGCCCGCCUGAUGAAUGAGGGCAUCAGUCUGGUCCGGGAUCCCUUCCCUGGUGGACCAUGCCCUAACCUUUCACCCUUGGCUUGCGCAAAGCACAAUGGGAGGAGCGCGAUCAGAGGUCUGCGAAUGCUCUGGUUAUAGUCCAACCCUUGAGUAUCGCCAGCCCUGAGGAUCCCCUGAGAUGAAAAGGUUCUCCCGGGGGAUAGGAGCCACCAUGGCCGAUGGCGAAUCCAUCAUCCGCAUCCCCCCGUACCAUUACAUCCACGUGCUGGACCAGAACAGCAAUGUGUCCCGCGUGGAGAUCGGGCCGAAGACCUACAUCCGGCAGGACAAUGAGAGGAUACUGUUUGCCCCCGUGCACAUGGUGACUGUCCCUCCACGCCACUAUUGCGUUGUGGCCAACCCUGUGUGCCGGGAUGGCCAGGGCUCCGUGUUGCUCGACGUCACAGGGCAAGUACGACUCCGUCACGGUGACCAAGAGAUCCGGCUGGCCCAGGACCCCUUCCCCCUGUACCCAGGGGAGGUGCUAGAGAAGGCCAGCACCCCGCUGCAGGUGGUUCUUCCCAACACUGCCCUGCACCUGAAGGCCCUGCUGGACUUCGUGGAUAAGAAUGGAGACAAGGUGGUGGCCGGUGACGAGUGGCUGUUUGAGGGGCCUGGCACGUACAUCCCCCAGAAGGAGGUGCAAGUGGUGGAGAUCAUUCAGGCCACGGUCAUCAAACCGAACCAGGCUCUGCGGCUGAGGGCCCGCAAGGAGUGCUGGGACCGGGACGGCAAGGAGAGAGUGACAGGAGAAGAAUGGCUCGUCCGCUCGGUGGGUGCGUAUCUCCCGGCCGUGUUUGAGGAAGUUCUGGAUUUGGUGGAUGCUGUGAUCCUUACAGAAAAGACAGCAUUGCACCUCCGGGCUCGCCAGAACUUCCAGGACUUCCGGGGAGUGGCCCGCCGCACUGGGGAGGAAUGGCUGGUGACAGUGCGGGACACAGCGGCACACGUGCCCGAUGUCUACGAGGAGGUGCUGGGGGUUGUGCCCAUCACAACCCUGGGCCCCCGACACUACUGCGUGGUCCUCGACCCAGUGGGACCAGAUGGCAAAAACCAGCUGGGACAGAAGCGCGUCAUCAAGGGCGAGAAGUCUUUUUUCCUGCAGCCGGGCGAGAAGUUGGAGCGAGGCAUCCAGGACGUGUACGUGCUGUCUGAGCAGCAGGGACUGCUGCUGAGGGCGCUGCAGUCCCUGGAGGAGGGGGAGGAGGGCGAGGAGGGCCCACACCAGGCCGGGGACCACUGGCUCAUCCGAGGGCCCCUGGAAUACGUGCCGUCGGCCAAGGUGGAGGUGGUGGAAGAGCGCCAGGCCAUCCCUCUGGAUGAGAACGAGGGCAUCUAUGUGCAGGACAUCAAGACUGGAAAGGUGCGCGCUGUGAUCGGAAGCACCUACAUGCUGAGCCAGGACGAGGUCCUGUGGGAGAAGGAGCUGCCUCCCGGGGUGGAGGAGCUGCUGAACAAGGCGCAGGACCCCCUGGCCGACAGGGGCAUGAUGGACACCACCGGUGCCCCUCAGCCCCCGGCUGUCCGGAAUAAGACCCAUGUGGUCAGGUACCGCGCGCCGCACAAUGCAGCCGUGCAGGUGUACGACUACAGAGCCAAGCGGGCCCGCGUGGUCUUUGGGCCGGAAAUGGUGUCGCUGGGUCCUGAGGAGCAGUUCACUGUGUUGUCCCUCUCGGCAGGGCGGCCCAAACGUCCCCACGCCCGCCGGGCGCUCUGCCUGCUGCUCGGGCCUGACUUCUUCACAGAUGUCAUCACCAUCGAGACAGCGGAUCAUGCCAGGCUGCAGCUGCAGCUCGCCUACAACUGGUACUUCGAACUGAGCAACCGCAAUGACCCCCAGGAGGCAGCCAAGCUCUUCGCAGUGCCCGACUUCGUGGGGGACGCUUGCAAGGCCAUCGCAUCCCGUGUGCGGGGGGCUGUGGCCUCGGUCACCUUCGAUGACUUCCAUAAGAACUCGGCCCGCAUCAUUCGCACGGCCGUCUUUGGUUUUGAGACCUCCGAGGCCAGGGGCCCCGAUGGCUUGGCCCUGCCCAGACCCAGGGACCGGGCCUUCUUCCCCCAAAACGGGCUGGUGGUCAGCAGCGUGGACGUGCAGUCUGUGGAACCUGUGGACCAGCGGACGCGGGACGCCCUACAGCGCAGCGUGCAGCUGGCCAUUGAGAUCACCACCAACUCCCAGGAGGCGGCGGCCAAGCACGAGGCGCAGAGACUGGAGCAGGAAGCCCGGGGACGGCUGGAGAGGCAGAAGAUCCUGGACCAGUCGGAAGCCGAGAAGGCUCGCAAGCAACUCUUGGAGCUCGAGGCCAUGAGCAUGGCGGUAGAGAGCACUGGGACAGCCAAGGCUGAGGCCGAGUCGCGGGCAGAGGCUGCGCGGAUUCAGGGAGAAGGUUCUGUGCUGCAGGCCAAGUUGAAGGCACAGGCCCUGGCCAUUGAGACGGAGGCUGAGCUCCAGCGGAUACAGAAAGUACGAGAGCAGGAACUGGUCUAUGCCCGCGCCCAGCUGGAGCUGGAAGUGAGCAAGGCCCAGCAGCUGGCGGAAGUGGAGGUGAAGAAGUUCACGCAGAUGACGGAGGCCCUGGGUCCCAGCACCAUCAGGGACCUGGCCGUGGCCGGGCCAGAGAUGCAGGUCAAACUGCUGCAGUCCCUGGGCCUGAAAUCGACCCUGAUCACCGACGGCUCCACGCCUAUCAACCUCUUCAACACCGCUUACGGGCUGCUGGGGCUCGGGGCUGACUGUCAGCCCCCAGCCCUAAAGGCAGCCGGGGGGCCCCGCCUGGAAGGCUCGUCCCAUCAGCCCCCUGGAGGAAACCACGUCGUGCCUUGACAGGUCCGCACUGACAGCUGACCAAUAAAAGUGGGAGAGCAGUUGCCUGGCAUGCUCUAGGCGCUGGCUUCAAUCCCUGACACCACAAAAUAAACAAAAAAAAAUGAUUGUAUCUAAAAAACAAA